AUGUCUCUCUGCGAGGCCGAAAAAACAUUCGUGCUACAUGGAGUAGAGGAAAAUUUUAGAGUAGAUGGUAGAGAGAGGGAAGAUUAUAGGCCCAUGGAAUUAGAAACUGACAUUAUAUCUCACGCAUUUGGUUCUGCAAGGCUUAGGCUAGCAAACACUGACGUUCUAGUAGCUGUUAAGAUUGAAGUGGAUGUACCUUUUCCAGAGACACCUAAUUUAGGAAAGUUGGAAUUCUUUGUUGAUUGUUCAGCAAAUGCCACACCAGAUUUUGAAGGCAGAGGUGGCGAAGAUCUUGCUAUAGCUAUUUCAAAUACUUUAAGCUCAGCAUACUCUUCUCCACUGGCAUUUGAUUUGAGGAAACUUUGCAUUUUGAAUGGACGAAAGUGCUGGAAGAUAUAUGUCGAUAUUUUGAUUUUGGAAUGUGGAGGUAACUUGUUUGAUGCUGUUUCACUAGCAGUCAAGGCCGCACUUUGGAACACACAAGUUCCCCUUGUUAAAAAUGUUAAUAUUGAUGGUAAUAAUGUAGAAAUUAAUGUCUCAGAUGAACUGUAUGACUGCAAAAGACUGGAGGUCCAAAAUGCACCUAUUAUGGUGACAGUUUGUAAGAUAGGAGAAAAGUGUAUAGUGGACCCAAAUGCAGCCGAAGAGCAAUGUUCAGUCGGUUCAGUGGUAGUAGCUGUCUCUGGAGAUAAAUUUAGCACAGUUUAUCAAACAGGUACAGGAUCAUUGCAUCCCUCAACGCUAAUUGAAAGUUUGCAGUUAGGCUUGAGUGUAGCACAAAGAUUGGAUGAAGCUUUAUGGAGGACUUUGGAAGAAGUCAAGCCUGAUCAGGAUAUUGGAUUUCUUAAAUAA